UUGAUUGUUUAUGUCUCUGCAAUUUGUUAUGGCUACACAUAUUUAGCCAUUGAAUAUGUGGGCUUAUUGUAUUGAUAGAUCUUGUUUAUGUCUUAUUUAGUCUUGUAAUUAGUUAUUAAAAGAGUGAGAGGUAGGAGAAGGAAAAAUUAUGUUGAAUCCAAGAGGGAGCAAUGUCGAUAGGACCAUCAUUCAACCCAGAGGGAGCAAUGUCGAUAGGACCAUCAUUCUUGGAAGAGAGAGCAAUGUCGAUAGGAACAUCAUUCUUGGAAGAGAGAGCAACGUCGAUAGGACCAUCAUUCAACCCAGAGGGAGCAAUGUCGAUAGGACCAUCAUUCUUGGAAGAGAGAGCAAUGUCGAUAGGAACAUCAUUCUUGGAAGAGAGAGCAACGUCGAUAGGAACAUCAUUCGAGGAGGAGGAGGCGGAGGAGAGAAAAAAUGCAUAGCAGUGGCAAUAGAUAAGGAUAAAUCUAGUCAACUUACUCUAAAAUGGGCUCUUGAUAAUCUUGUAACGUCUAAAGAUGAUAUUUUGAAACUCAUCCAUGUUAAAGAAAGACAAUCAACAACAGUGCAGAAAGAUGAUCCAUCAAUGGAACAACAAAUUGAUAGCAUUACCAUGGAAUUAUUCCUUCCAUUUAGAUGUUUUUGUCGACGUAGACUGGUACAAUGCGAGACAAUUGUGCUUGAGGAUCAAGACAUAGCAAGAGCAAUUACUGAUUAUGUUUGCCAAAACGGAAUUGAUACAUUGUUACUUGGUGCUGCGGCAAAGAAUGGGCUUUCUAGACUUUUCAAUAAGACUGCAGAUGUUCAAAACAACGUAUUAAAAUGGGCACCAGAUUUUUGCACAGUUUAUAUAAUCUCAAAAGGAAAGGUCAGCAACGUCAGGAAUGCAACUCGUGCACCCCCACUUAUUUCUUCCGCCCCCGCCGGAAUGCCCCCGCUUCCAGACUCUGUACCUCAUAAUAUCCAAUCAUGGUAUGAUGAGAUGUCAGCAUUAGACAUUGACCCAGUAACAAGCUCUGGAAGGCCAAGCACCGAUAGCAAUUUUUCUCACUUUUAUGAAAAUCUAGGGAGUGAUUUAAACAAAGAACAGUCUCCAAGACGCUCAAACUUAAAUAUGUUUGAGUCCCCAUUUUCUUCAGGUUUCAGAAACCAAUCUCUAUCUGAUGACUGUAAUAAUGGCUUGGAUGCAAGAAUUUCUUGGUCUUCAAACAAUAUGGAAGAGUAUGAAGAAGAGAUGAGAAGGCUCAAGACUGAACUUAAGCAAACAAUCGACAUGUAUCAUGCAGCCUGCAAAGAAGCACUAGCAGCAAAACAAAAGGCUGCUGAACUUGAAGAAUGGAAAAGAAAACUAGAGAAAAGGUUAAAGGAGGCACAUACAGGAGAGGAAAAUGAAUUAGCAAUGGCAGAAAGUGAAAAAACAAAGAGCAAAAGUGCAAUCGUUGCAGCUGAAGCAGUUCAAAAGCUUAUUGAGGUAGAAGUACAAAAACGAGUGGAUGCAGAAAUGAAAGCUCUCAGGGACAAUGAGAGAAAGCGGAAAGUUUUAAAUGCUUUAGCCCAAUCCCACGUUCUUCUUAAAUAUCAAAGCUUACUUCACAUGUUAAUUGUUUUCUUUCUGUUUUACUUUUACUUUUCACUGUUUAAGCCCUAAUUAUUAUUAUUUGAAAUAUGUAUAGUUUUUCUCUCCUAAAUAUCUCAUGCUUUCUUCGGACACGAGACUAAUCU